AUGCGCCGAGAGCGUCGGUUGUUGGUGUUGCCACUGUUGUCGCUGUUGCAAGUGUUGCCGCUGUUGUUGCUGCUACCGAUUUUGCUGCUGGGCACGCACUUGAGUGGCGCGUCGGCUGUUGACAAGGAUGUGGCACCAGUUGGCGAUGUAAAAACGGAUCUGCUGUCAUUGGAGCAGGAAAUUGGCGGCUCUGCGGUGCGGGGCAGCGGAUCUGGGCGGAAUUUACUUCCGUCGGGGCGUCGGAGGCGUGGCAUCUUCUUCAGCGGCAGCAUCACCGGCGGCUUUCCCUUUUUCAACUGGGGCAAUGGCUACUCCUGGUCAUUCGCCGGCUAUCCGUACAGCUACUACAACUCCGGGCCGGGAUAUUAUGGCUAUAACAGUGGCUACUAUCCCGGCUACCUUGGCUAUCAGAAAAUUAUCUACGGCUAA